CCCCCCGAUGAAGCUCUUCACUUCCGCGGCAAGACUUUGACUCCGGAAAGCCCUCGCCCGCUACAUAUCCCGGAGCCAGCAAAUAUCCCGGUCUUGGAGAAUCAGAUGGACCCUGUCUUUAACGACACCUCGACUUAUGAACGCUCGGUGUGGCCGGAACAGCCGGCUCACGGUGGAUGGAAGAAGGAUGGCCAGGGAGGAUUGGAUGGUGGUCUGCAGCAGCCGGAGAACACUGUGAUGAAUGAUAACUCUGCGGAUAUUUAUCCUUCCCACUCCACGGGCACUGGGCAUGGCCAGGGCGCAAAUGCACACUCUAGCUUCGCUCCCCCGAUCCCACUCACUCCCACGCGACUCCGGUGGUCCCGCGAGAUAGAAAAUGCCGGCAAGGUUGAGCCGCCCUGGGUUGCUACAAAGGAUGAUGCAAGUUCCCAUACAGGUGUCAAUUUCCAAACGCUGCUGGACAAUCUGUCUUCCGUGUCUGCAGGUGGAGCGACUGUCGCCGCUUCCCAUCUAGAAGGCCAGUCGCUUCACCACGCUCCUAAGGAAGUGUCUCAGGACCUCCCUGCCCGCCCUCUUGACCCCUCCCUUAACCCCAAUUAUGCUUCCCAUCCCUAUGAGCAAACCCCUCCAGCUCAUGCCACCUCCGCCUACGCAACCCACCCUAGUAACCAUGCCCAACACUUCACUUCAUCUAUUGCCCCAGGAUUCGCCCCGGGAACCGACGCGGGCGCCGGCUCACUCCCCCUCCCCCUGUUGCCAGCUUCCAGCAUACCCUCGCUUCGGGGACCCCAGGAGGCUCUCAAAAAAUCUCGCAUCGAUAAGCAACCUGUCCGCACCGGCAAGGCCUCUGAUGACGACGCGCCUUGGGGCCCAGAGGUUCAAAAGAAAUAUGAUGAGUUUCUACACGAUGAGAGAGUCUACGUGACGGAAGGCCUUUGGGAUCGAUUCCCGGUGGGAUCUAGACUGUUCGUUGGCAAUCUCCCCACCGAAAGAGUCACCAAGCGAGACAUGUUCCAUCUAUUUCACAAAUACGGUAAAUUGGCACAAAUAUCUAUCAAACAGGCCUACGGUUUUAUACAAUUUCUCGAGGCUGGGGCUUGCCAUGCGGCCUUGCAAGUCGAGCAGGGAGCGCUGCCGCAAAGGUCGACCAGACCUGGUCCGACGGAGGCGCCUCGUGCCCCUCCUUCCCGACGAUCGAGGUCACCAGAAUUCAGUCGUACUGGGCCUGCCCGGGCUACUGCACGUCCUCCUAAUGAUCGCUUUGACCGGCCUUCCGAAUCCAGUCGACCUCCUUUCAGCGAUUUUCGGGAUGAACCCACUCAUCGAAGGCGUGACGACUAUCGGCCUCCACGCUCACCUCGUUCACCUUCCCCUCGACCUUUUCGUUCUGGUCGGGAUGGAUACCGAUCACGGGACAGGACCCCGGAACGAUUCGACCGCCGUAGACGAUCCCGUUCCCCCGCUCGCCACGCUCCCCUCGUUCUCCUUACUCUAGAGAUCGUCGGUAUCGCAGCCCGAGCCCGCGACCUCGCGGGAUCUAUGAAGGGGAAGCUGGCUUACCGGUCCCUCGGCGGGCCCCUCGAGAUGUGCCGGAGGUGCAGGUACUUGUCUUGGAAGAAGUGGACCGACGUGCUUGUGUUAGGCCCUCGAAUCCCAUUGGGAGCGGCGGUGCAUCGCCAAUAUGUCGAAGGUGUACUCGCUGUUGUCCGACUGUCCCGACCCAAUCAGUUCUCUCGCAAAAUUCCCCUGCAGAUUUUCGAUCGAAGUGCGGGGCCUGAUAGCGUCCGCUUCAGUGAUUACCCCGAGGUCGACCCUAACAUCGCCGCCGAAGUUAUGUUCCACCAAGCUCAGGCAAUGCAGCGCGGUUCCAUCCCUACUUCGUAUGGGCUCAAUCCGGCCUUUGGGGUUCCCCCGAUGCAAGCUAUGCCUUUGCCGCAGCCAGGUCUGCCUCAACCGGGCUUACCUACUCUUUCGAACGCUCCCAGUAUUGCAAAUAUGAUCAGCUCCUUGGACGGCCCUAGCCUCCAUACUCUCUUAUCAGCACUUCAGCGCCCAAACCCCCAAUCGCAGCCAGUCUCGGCGACGCAAUCACCCUUCUCGUCACCCAAUCCUCCUCCGCCCGCUGAUCUCGCUAGUCUCUUGACCAAUGCAACUCGGCCUCCCGUGCUAUCAAACCCUCAACCUCUCCCUCACCCACAUUACAAUCUCCACCCCCCAAAUGCACCCGUUGUCUCAGAUCCACACUUGCUUUCACUGCUUGCGAAGGGUCUGAGCGGCCAGCAGCCACAAGGGCAGCCAGUUGGCUCAAAUGUGCAGAAUUUGAUGAACCACCUGGCAAAAUGGAAGCAAUGA